AUGUUAAAAAGCUCUUUUGCAGAUACAGAUGUUUUAACUACUGGAGUAGAAGUUAGUCAAGCUAUUUCAUCAAUGAGUACUAUUAGUAGUUUAGAAGCAACUAAACAGGUACUUAAUGUAGUUGGUACAGUUGGUGAAGCUAUUAGACCAUUUCUUCCACUGAUAGGAAUUGUAACUGUUUUGGUGGGGGAGAUAAAAAAAGUUUAUGAAAAUGCUCAAUAUAAUAAAAAAAUUUGCAAUGCUUUUCUUGAUCGU